GCUCAGGUUCAUAAAAGGGCUGAGCAUCAGGGGAGCUGGAAGCUGAGAGGCAGCCUACUGAUCUGUGCCUGUGGAGGACCUGGUGACAGAGCCUACAGCCAUGGCCAGGGACCUGACAGUGAAGAUGCUGGGGGGCGAGGAGUUCCUGGUGCCCCUGAGGGACAACAUGCUGGCCGAAGAGCUGAAGCAGCAGAUCGCCCAGAAAACUGGCGUGCCCGCGUUCCAGCAGAGACUGGCCAUCCACCCUGCUGGCACACUGCUGCGGGAUGGGGUCCCCCUCCUCAGCCAGGGACUGCGCCCCGGCAGCACCAUCGUGCUGGUGGUGCAGAGCUGCGAGGAUCCCCUGAGCAUCCUGGUGAGAAACGACAAGGGCCGCACCGUCGCUUACGAGGUCCGGCUGACGCAGAAGGUGGCUGAGCUCAAGCAGCAAGUGUGUCGGCAGGAGCACGUGCAGGCUGACCUGUUCUGGCUGAGUUUUGACGGGAAGCCCAUGGAGGACCAGCACCAGCUUGGGGAGUAUAAACUCACACCCCAGUGCACUGUGUUCAUGAAUUUGCGCCUGCGGGGUGGGUGGCAGGUGGGCAGGACCAGGGCGGCAGCGCUUGAGGGCUGACCACCCGAGUCCCUGACCAAGUGUGGGUAAUAAAAGUUGAUGCAAAAUUAAA